AUGGGCCACAAAAACCCGAAAAUCAUCCUGCGAAACAACGACUACCUCAUCUACCGCAAACUGCCGGACAAAACGGUUUGGUCGUGCACGCAGUACCACAAGAAGGACAGAUGUAAAGCGAAAGUCGUUACGUCCGCAAGACAAGCGACUCUGGUGGGGAUGCACAAUCAUACGCCUACUUGCAGAAGGAGGAGCGGCAAUUAUUCACUGUCACAGACUGUCACUAUCAAGAGAGCUGCUACCUAUAACAAUUACGAUAAUCUUUGAACGGAACAAAGUUGCUUCGUCUUAGUUAUUGGAUAUAUAGGGCGGUUCGAAAAACAAUGACAGUAUUUCUAGAG